UCGCUCGAUCGAGGAGGCCUGGAGAGCCCCCGGCCGACAAGAAAUCGCGAUUUGAAAUUCCAAGUUGCACGGUCUAACGCGCUCUCGUGGAUCUCCCCCUCGAUCCACCGCUUGACAGGAAGGAUGAUUUACAACCUGGCCGGCCACGUACGAAUCGUCCUCGUUUCCCCCCUCGUGUUUCGCGAUAGAGAAAUCGCGAUGCCGCGGCUCCAAGAAUUCCAGUGCCAGUCGAUGGGGAACUGGUUGGAGGUCGCUGGUUUCCGGGUUUAUUUGAAAACGUGACUCGAUUGGAAACUGGAAAUUUGUAAUUUAUUAAUUGAUCGGGUCGGUCGGAUUUGCGGCCAAGCGAUAAGAUCAAGUACAACAUUACAGAAUUAAUAGACACGUUCGAGACGGGUAUCUGUGGAUCUGUGUUGGAUAGAAUAAAUUUAUGAAGUUGUUGUGCCGAGGUGGUUGAUUCAAAAUCUGUUUUGACGAACAGAUUAGGGUUUUCGAUUAGGUAAUUAAAUUAAAUUAUUAGUUCGAGUGGAGGGAUGAAGAUUUUUUGUGGCUAGUUUAGUUUUUCGAUUUUAAUAGUGAUUAUUUUGAUUGAGUAUUGAUGAGAAGGAUUAGAUAGUGUUGAUUUAUAAAAUGUAUAGUUUGAUCAAUGGUUUAUAAUUAAAUUUAAUAUUCGCGUCGAAAGAAAGGAUUUUUCUUGUGACUGUAAUAUUGACGUGUAAGGAUUGCAAGAGAAAAUUACACUUGAGAGGGUGCCCCCUAAGAGCCACGCGCUCGAUAUACCAAGCUCGAGCCGUGCAUCAAGCGCGGCGCCACGAUUGAGAAAGAGAGAGAAAAAGAGAGAGAGAGAGAGAGAGAGAGAAAGAGCAUCGAUCCGACUCUCGAUCCAAUCGGUCGCGGUUCUCGCCGAGAGGACUUUCACUCGGCGUCCGUUGAUCGGCCGCGGCGAACGAGCGGGCGAAGCGGAAGGCAAGAGAGAAGAGGCGCGAGGCGAAACUCCGUCCCUCUCCGCCUCUGGUCCCGGGUUGACUGACCUCGAUAGCGAAGGAAAGGAGGUGGCGGUGAUCCGCGGGAAGCGAAGAAGGAGCGGGUUAACGGCGACGACGGCGACCACGGCGACGACGGCCGCGACAACGACGUGCGCGACGAGGAGUGGCCGAGAAGAAGAAGAGCAAAUUGGUGCUCCCGGUAGCAGGGGCCCAUGAGCGCAAUGGAGGAGAAGUUGCGCGGCGUGGCGAAGCGCGGGAGCAGGCACGGUCCCCGCGCAACGGGGCCAGCCGCCUCCGAUUGGCCGGCCGCGUCUGGGUCCGGUGGUGGGGGGAGGGGCCAGGCUACCCCCUCCAGCUCGCAGCCAGGCGGCUCUGCGUACAACCGCGGUCACGAGAGCCCGAGCAGGCGGCAGUCCUCGCGGGACAGCGUCGAGCCGACGGGCCAACAGGCCCCACCCGAACACGGCGAGCUCCUUUUCAAGGUCCUGCCCUCUCUCCUGAUACACAGCGCCACGAGAACCUUUCGGCUCUCGAGAAAGAGAAAGAGAAUCACAGGGAUCAUGUUUUUGCGCCUCGAUCCAACCCUUACGGUGAUGCUACUAGGCGACAGCGGAGUCGGGAAAACCUGUCUUCUGACGCGGUUCAGAGACGGAAGAUUCCUGUCUGGCAACUAUAUAACCACCGUCGGCAUUGAUUUUAGGAACAAAGUGGUCGUCGUUGACGAUACGUCUAUCAAGCUUCAAAUAUGGGACACGGCCGGUCAAGAGAGAUUUCGAAGCGUGACGCAUGCCUAUUACAGAGAUGCUCAUGCUCUUUUAUUGCUAUACGACGUGACGAACAAGACGAGUUACGAUAACAUCAGAGCCUGGCUGAGUGAAAUUCGGGAACACGCGAACGAGGAUGUGGUCAUCAUGCUAUUGGGUAACAAGUCGGACUGCGGAACUGAACGAGUGGUGAAGAGGGAAGACGGUGAACGGUUAGCGCAAGAGUACAAAGUUCCCUUUAUGGAAACCUCGGCUAAAACCGGCCUGAACGUUGAAUUGGCCUUCUUGGCCGUUGCUAGAGAAUUGAAGGCGAGGAAAAGCAACGACCCAGACGAUACGAAAUUCAACGUGCAGGACUACGUUCGUCAACAAUCGCAACGAAAUUCAUGCUUCAAUUCUAAUUGCCUGACUACCUGAACUGCGCAAUAACCCUGCGCGUACAUUUCCCUGCGAUAGAUGGAGACGAAUGGUGGAACAUGAACCGGAACUGGUCAUAAAAAUGGCGCGAAACUAUUUUGAUCGUUCAAAUAUUCGUUUCCGUGAUUUAGAGCGGAAAUCGUUGAAACGUUACAGAUUUUCAUUUUAUUCACGAAGAAAGAUGCAUUUUUCUGUGAACUUGUACAAUUUAUUUAUUACAAUUUUUUUAUUUAAUUUUUUUAUUUAAACAAACCAAUUUUCGAUAAGAGUUCGUAAAAUUAUUGUAUACAAGAGAAAUUAUUUAAAUUGAUAGGAUCGAAGGCAUGAAUUUUAAAAUCUCGAAUCUCAAAAAGAAUGAAAAUACGUUUUUGUUCCACCAGAAAAAUACAUUUGUUAAGGGAUAAAGAAAUAAUAUAGACGAAUAGGAUGUCAAUAUUUUUGAAAGAAAUCGAUAGGAAACUCUUGUUGAUGAUACGUGUAUAGAAAUCUAUUUAUCGAUGAUUAAUCCUGUACUGUACAUUAAUGUGAAUAGUUAACGCGAAACAAAAAUCUGCAAUAUAUGACAUAGAUUUAGGGAAUCUCUUCAUGGUUCUAAUUUGCACACUGAAUAUGAUCGUUACGAUGUUAGAAAAAAGCGAAAAAAAAAGAAGAAAAAGAUUAAAAAAAAUUUUACCUAAUUUGGUAUCGAGAAAUUAAUGAGAUGUCAUGUGAAAGCUCAUCAUGUACCAAGUAGAUAUAUGGUUUUAGACUAACCGUUAUGUAGAAGAGCUUUCCCAAAAUAUACCAUAGCUGCCAUAUAUACAACAUGGUUUACUAAAAACGCUCAAUAUUUUGUUGAAAAGCUUAUUCGCGUAGUUUUUAAAUGUGAAUGAUUGAAAUUCAGUUAAAAAUAUAUGUAUAUGUAUAAAAACAUAUUUAUAAAUCUUUUAAUAUUUAUUUAGACUGAUAAUUGUUUAAAAAAUUUUGUGUAUUUGUAUUUUAUUUUUAAUUUUUAUCUUCUCUCACUUUGUUUUACAAUGUGUGCGUGUAAUCGUGUAGUUUUCAUAACGUUCUUGUAACAUUAGUCACGUGACUAACGUCUGAUUUUUAAGAUUUUCUAUCUAAUGGUGAAUAUAUACGAUACGAUACGAUAUUUUCGAUUAACUCAAUUUACAUUUCAAGUUUUUGGAUCUUAUACCUACUAUAUUAUAUCUAUUACUUUUAAUCGCACAAUGAUCAUUUGCAAUCGAUAUUUCGAAAUUGAUAUAGAAUAUCGAACGUUUGAUUUUAUUCAUUUGCGAUUACUGAACAAUUCAUUACGAACACAAGGAAAAAUGGAACGAAAUAUAAUCGUGUAACGUUACCUGCAAUAUAUGUGCAAUGUAUCUUAUCAACAUGUACAAAUGACAAACAAUUACAUGUCAAAUGUAUAUUGAGAAGUAUAUAUAUAUAUAUAUAUAAAAUAAAUGACCACUCGACCAAUAAUA